GCUGCCGGAAGCGCCCGCGCGGCGUUAUAAACUUCCUUGCUCAGCUUGUGGACCGUGGAGCGUCCGCGGCGGAGCGUGCGGAAGCGUUAUGUCAUCGCCGAAGGCCCAGGGGGACGGGCUGGGCGACGGCGACCGCGAUGAUCCUUCUGGGGACCUCCGUAGCGUCCUGGUCACCAGCGUGCUCAACCUCGAGCCGCUAGACGCGGAUCUCUUCAGAGGAAGGCAUUAUUGGGUACCCACCACCCAGCGGCUCUUUGGGGGUCAGAUCGUGGGCCAAGCCCUGGUGGCUGCAGCCAAGUCGGUGACUGAGGAUGUCCAUGUACACUCCCUGCACUGCUACUUUGUUCGGGCAGGGGACCCAAAGGUGCCAGUACUGUACCAGGUGGAACGGACACGCACAGGGGCAAGCUUCUCAGUGCGCUCUGUGAAGGCUGUACAGCAUGGCAAAGCCAUCUUCAUCUGCCAGGCCUCCUUCCAGCAGAUGCAGCCCAGCCCCCUGCAGCACCAGUUCUCCAUGCCUGUUGUUCCCCCGCCAGAAGAGCUGCUGGACCACCAGGCCCUCAUUGACCAGUAUUUAAGGGACCCUAACCUCCAAGAUAAAUAUCGAGUGGGAUUGAAUCGAAUUGCUGCCCGGGAGGUACCUAUUGAGAUCAAGCUGGUGAACCCACCUACCCUGAACCAGCUGCAGACAUUGGAGCCCAAGCAGAUGUUCUGGGUGCGAGCCCAGGGCUAUAUUGGAGAGGGUGACAUCAAGAUGCAUUGCUGUGUGGCUGCGUACAUCUCUGACUAUGCCUUCCUGGGCACUGCAUUGCUGCCCCACCAGUUCAAGUACAAAGUGAACUUCAUGGUCUCGCUGGACCACUCCAUGUGGUUCCAUGCCCCAUUCCGAGCCGACCACUGGAUGCUCUAUGAGUGUGAGAGCCCUUGGGCUGGUGGUUCUCGAGGGCUGGUGCAUGGGCGGCUGUGGCGUCGAGAUGGGGUCCUUGCUGUGACCUGUGCCCAGGAGGGCGUGAUCCGAUCAAAGCCCCGGGUCCUAGAGAGUAAGCUAUAGCAAAGAUACCAGCUUGGCCUGGGCCUUCAAGGACUCCCUUACUUCCACCCGUCCAGAGGCAGGAUCACAGAAGAGCUGGGCUUCUUCUCAAAUCCAAUAAAGAGAUUGCUAACAUUGGA